UUUGUAAAGUCUGCAAUUUAACAUUUUAUAUCUCUUUUCUUCGUAUUAUAUAAAAGCAUAUAUAUUUUGAUAUAAUGACUAUCUCACUUGCUCCAUAAUACAGAGUGAAGCAACGUUGUCAUAUUUCUUGCGCAGCUAAAUUCGAUGGCUCUGUUGCCUUUUCACAAAAAGCAUGAAUAAUAAUACUACACGAACAAGCACCAGCAGGCCACGCGGAGCUACGAAACAGUAUUCAGUGGUAUUCAGUAACCCUAGCCAGUCAAUUUUUGUUCGUUCGUUGAGUGUGUUUAGUGAUUGUGCAUCAGUUAUUUAAUAAUUAUUUAAAUAUUUAUUUAACAUUAACACAAAUCAUUGAACUCGGCGUGUCAUGUUUAAAUUUAUUAAAAAAUCAUCAAACAAUCAUUGACACUAUGAUUCAUUUUAAAAUAUAUGAUAUAUAAAUUAUGAAAAAAAAAAAAUAUAUACACCUAUAUAGCCAUUGAAUAAAUAAUAAUCAAUAGAAUUUAUAAAUUUUUUUUUUUUUCUUCAAAUUUUCAUCAAUUUUUACUCAAAAGAGUGAUAAAAUUUAAAAAAAAAAAAAAAUUAAAUUAUCAGCUUUUGUUGAUUGACAUAUAUACCCCGACGGCAAGUCGGCCAAUAAUAACAUCAAAAUGGAGUAAAAAUAAAAUUAAUCUACUAAUUAUUACAAUAACAAGUGAAAAAAAAAAAGAGUGAAAAUGUUUUACAUUGGUUAAAAAGUCUGUUAUUGAAUUUCCGGUUUUUAAUACUCGACAAAGUUGAGCGUCACAAUGAGCAAAAUAAUAAUAAUAAUAAAUAAAUAAAGACUGAAUUGAAAUUAUAAAAAAAAAAUAAUAAUAAUUAGGUAAUUUUAAAAGAUAAUAAAUAGAAAAUAAAAAAAUAAAAAAAAAUAUACGUGUUGGUCGGUGGUGGACUCGACCAAACGACAUUGUUUCACAUUAGGAGAUGGGAGUAGGUCUGCGACUGAAAAUAAUAAAACUAAAAAAAAAAUAUAAUUAUAAUAAUAAAAAAUUAAAUCAGGGAUGAUAAUAAGAAGAAUUAAAAAAUACGACCAAUCAAAAUGUCAUGGUCAAUUAGGACUUGUGCUGUUGAUGAUAUUACUGAUGUUUAUGGUAAAUAUUGUAUCAUGUUCAUACGAUUCAAUAUUAUCAAUACAAGACAACAAUGUAAAUUGUCAAGCUGGUUGUCAAUGUACAAUAACAAAUAUAUAUUGCGAAAAAAUAAAUACAAGUUUAAGGAUAAAAAUACCAUCAAAUACAAUUGACAUUGUCAUGAUAAAUGUAAAAUUAAUAACACUACCAUCAAAUAUAUUUGAUAACAAUGAAAAACUUGAACGUUUAUCAUGGACAUCAAGUGGUAUUGAACGUAUUGAAAAUGGUGUAUUUAAUAAUACAAAAAAUUUAGAAUAUUUAAAUUUAGAUAAUAAUAAUAUAGCAUCAUUACCAGAGGAUAUAUUUUCACGUUUAAAUAAAUUAAAAUAUUUAAAUUUAAAUGGUAAUUCAUUGACAUCAUUACCACGUGCUAUAAUACAAGGUUUUAAUUUACUUGAUAAAUUAAUAAUAUCAAAUAAUAGAUUAAUUGUAUUACCUUAUCAAGGUUUUUCAUUAAUUAAAAAUUUAAAAUUAUUAAAUUUAUCAAAUAAUCGUUUAGUAUCAUUGCCAGAUCAUACAUUCAAGCCAAAUCGUGAUUUAAAUAUAUUAAUAUUAUCAACAAAUUAUUUAACUGAAUUACCUGGACGUUUAUUCUCAGGUUUACGUAAAUUAAAAAUACUUGAACUUGCUAAUAAUGAAAUUAAAUAUUUACCAUGGAAUUUAUUUAUGGAACUUGAGCAACUUGAACAACUUGAUUUAUCAAAUAAUCCAAUAACAAAUUUAACAAAUACAGCAUUUUUUGGUUUAAAAAAUUUGCUAAUACUCAACUUGAGUAAAACAAAAAUACAACAUUUAUCAAAUGAUUUAUGGAAACCAAUAAUUAAUUUACGUGAACUAAUAAUGAAUGAUAUUACAAUUGAAAUAUUGAGAAAUGAUGAUUUAUCAAAUUUAAUAAAUUUAAAAAAUUUAACAAUAAGCCAUAGUUUAUUACGUGCAAUACAAGGUAAAGCACUUGAUAAUUUAAAAAAUUUAGAAAAACUUGAUUUACGUAAUAAUAAAUUAACAUUUUUACCAGCAUCACUUGCUAAUUUAAAUAGACUUGAAUAUUUACAUCUUCAAGGUAAUUAUUGGGCAUGUGAUUGUCGUAUGUUUUGGUUUGUUAAAUGGGCUAAAAGUCAUUCACAUAAUAGUGCAUUUGAAAGUGGUUUAUUAUGUGGUAAUGAAACUGGAACUGUUGAUACAUUACAUGCAUUACAGUACUUAAAUUGUACACCACCAUUUAUUAUUGAUAAAACAUCUGAUAAUUAUUUAUAUCCAUUGUAUAGUAAUGUUACAUUAAAUUGUGAAUUUUAUGGUAAUCCAGCACCAUCAAUAACAUGGGUUACACCAACACUUGAAAUAUUUCAUUGGAAACCAGAUCCAUCAUUUCCAGAUGAUCAUAAUCAUCCAAUUGUACAUCAGCAUAAUAGCGAAAAUAUAUUUUAUAAUAAUCAAGAAAGAAUUAAAUUAUUAGUUAAUGGAUCAUUAUUUAUUAAAAAUUUACAUCGUCAUGAUGUUGGACGUUAUAAAUGUUUUGCUGCAAAUCCAAUAUCAAAUUUAACAACAUAUGUUUAUAUUAAAAUGGAUCCAGCAACAUAUGAAACAAUUAAAUUAUUAAGUUUAUUUGUUGGUGCAUUAAGUGCAACUGGAUUUUUAUUGUUAACAUUACUUGUACAAUUUAUACGUUAUUUAUUAAAUCGAUGUGGUUGUUGCAACUGGUGUUGUUGUUGUCAUUAUGGUAAAACACCACGUGCCAAACAAAUAUACCAGAUGCUUGAUAAUAUUGAGCAAUAUAAAAGUUUACAGCUUGAAAGAUUGCGUGAAAAUUAUACACAACAGGUGCACAGAAUUAAGGAUAAUUGUACACAACAAGUUGAAUGGAUAAGAGACAGUUAUGAGGGACAAAUGAGACACAUACGUGAUAUACGUGAUUAUGGAACAAGUCAUUUAACAACACUACGAGAUCAAUACAAUGAUCAGGAAUCAACUGUUGAAUUACAGGUUAAACGUGUACGUGAUUAUUCAACUGGUCAGCUCAACUGGGUACGUGAAAACUACGUCUUCCAGCGUAAUAAAAUACGUAAAUUUAGUGCACAUCAAGUAUUACGUUUACGUGAAGGUUAUAAAUAUCAACAACAAACAUUAAAUAAAGUAUUGGAAAAUUUGCCAAAUUUAUAUCUUGAUAAUUGUCGUAAUGGUAAAAAUGGAUUACCAGUUGUAUUUGAUCCAAAUAAUGUAAAUUCAAUUGCUGAAUUUGAUGAAUAUUUUAAAACAAAAUUAAAUAAUAUGGCAACAUUUACAAGUAUUGAUGAUCUUCCAAGUGAAUAUUAUACACCAACUGAAUUUUCAUCAGCAAGUCCACAUGGACAUAUUGAUGGUAUUGAUGGUAUACAUAUUAAUUAUAUUGAAAAUGGACCACCAGAACCACCACCACCAUUUUUAUUUAAUAAUCCAGCAAUAUUACAUAAAAUUGAAGAAUUUGAUGAUGAUUUAAAUAUUGGAAAAGAAUUUAAUAUUAAUUUACCAAUAUAUCGUGGUACAAGUGUUGAAUUUAUAUCACAUGAAAAAACAACAGCACCAGAGGGUCUUGGUUUAUUAGCACCAAGUAAAAGUAUGCCUGUUUUGCCACAAGAAACUAAACUUUGAGUGGCGAAAAUUAAUUUAUUGUGAUAAUUUAAUUAUUAUGUGAAUUUUUAUUUUAACAAUAUAUAAAUUUUUAAUCAAUAAAAACAAAAAUAUUUUUAAACUGUGAUUAAUUGCGGUGCGAUUUUAAUAGCGCGUACACACAGAGACGUGCCUUCCAACAAAAUUUAAAAAUUAAAAAAAAAAUAUCAGUGAAAACGAAAAUGCCCGUGUGUGCCAGAAUGAUGUAAAGCACUUUGUGUUAUAAUUGUGAUUACCAAUGAUGAUUAACAAAAAAAAAAAAAAAAAUGGUUUUAAUAAAAAUGAAAAAAAAGGAUAAAUUUCUUUUGUGUUUUAGCUCGGAAAAUAAUAAUAAAUUUACACACAUUUUAGAUGUCAAUUGAUAAAUAAAAAAUAAAUAAAAGGUUGGAAUUAUUAUUCUCAAACUCAAUACUGUAUUCAGCUAAGAAUAAUCAUAUAAUAAGAAUAAUAAUAAAUACAGAGUAUAAAAAAAAAAGAAUGCUAUUAUUUAACGUAAUUGUUUUAUUUAAAUAUAUUUAUAAAAGGGUUGUGAGAAAUUUUUAUUUAACCCGAUAAAUAUUUUUAUUUAAAUGACUGAAGCCCUACUUAUUUGUCCUUUGGCUCAAUGUCAUUUUAAAUUAAAUAUAUCUGAGAGAUAUAGAAAAAAUAUAAAAUAAUAGAUACAAUUAAUUUAAAUUUACGAAAAUCUGAUAAUGAAAUAAUAAUAUAGUAAUAAUAAAAUGAAGAGAUUUUUAAACGACUGCCAAAAAAUAAAAAAAGGAUAGUUUUAAAAUAAUAAUAUAUUAAUAGUAAUAAUUUUUAAAGAAAAUAAAAGAAAAAAAGUACGUGAUUGGUGGGUUGGCAGGCAAAUUUAUGCAAUAUCAAUGAAAAAAAAAAUAUCUGAUUGGCUGGUUAUGUGGCGACAUAUUUAUUAUAGCACAACUUAAAUCGAUUUUGAAAAAAAAAAAAUAUUUAAAAAAAUACAGUCAGUCUUCCACAGACAAAUUUUAGAAAAAUAUAUUUUUCAUUUUAAAUCAUGUGUUUAUCAAUAAUAUCAAAAAAAUUGAAAAAAAAAAAAAAGAAAGUAAUAUUUUGUCAAAAAUUUAAAAAAUAUAUAUCAAUAAAUAAUAAUUGAAAUAAAAAAGAUAGAAUCAUUUUAAUAUUUUUUAUUCAAGCUAACGAUUAUACCAACAACACAUGGGCUAAAUAAAUUUAAAAAUCAAAAUAUGUUUUUAAUAAUAAACCGUUAAUUGACUGUAUUAAAAAUCGAAAAAAAAAAAAAAAAAAUCAAUUGAGAUACCAAGAGAAAAUAAAACGUGUCUUAGUAUUUAAAAAAUAAAAAUUAGUUCUCUUUAUUAUACUGUCGUUGGUAAUUAAUGCUUGAAUAUUUUUUUAUAUAAAAAGAAAUGUUAAUUCCUCAGAAAUAUAUUAACUAUCGAAAUUCGAAAUAAAUAAAUUAUCCGACUUUGUUGUGAAUUAAAAUAAAAAAUUUCAUGUGGGACAUGAAGAUUCAAUUGACGGCAUGAAUCAUUCACGAAAAAAAAAAAAAUUAAAUUUAUAAUAUUAAAAAUAAA